AUGGCUCUACCCAGGUCACGGCGCUUCCUCUGGGCCAUCUUCUACACCUUCUCUGGCAUUCUCCUGCUGCUCUAUACAUUUUCCGAUCUCAUCUCGCUCUCACCAUGCGCCUUUGUCUACAGCAAAGACAACUGCUACCGCGGUUAUCUCUCCGAAUACUCUUUUGACGUCGACGAGGCCCUGCACCCAGACUGGAUGAAGACUAUCCCUGAUGACGCCAAUAUCACGAGUCUUUCCAUACCGGGCACGCACGACACUCUCACCUUUGACAUUCGCGAUGAGCUCUUCCAAUGUCAGAACAACAACCUGUCGGCGCAGCUGCGGGCUGGCAUGCGCUACCUCGACGUUCGCGGCCGUCUAGUCGACGAUGCUAUUCAGAUCUACCACGCCGAGAUGUUCACCGGCUACUCCUUCGUCGACGUCCUCACCACCGUGUCCGCCUUCCUCGAUGCUUUCCCGAGCGAGGCCAUCAUCAUGCGCCUCAAGGAAGAAGGCCGUCCGCACGGCACCAACACGAUCACGUUUGAGCAGGCCUUCCUCCAGCACAUCGAAGCCGAAGGCCAGAAGCACCGCUUCUACGCACCCCAGGCCAAGGCCUUCUGGCCGCUGCCCACGCUCGGCACCCUGCGCUCCGGCAUCCUUCUGCUGCAGAACUUUGCCGCGCCCCAGUCCGGGCCCCACGGUCUCGUCUGGGGGUCCAAGGACAUGAUCCUCGAGGACCUCUGGAUCAUCCCGAGCCUCGAGCACCUGUACAUGAAGUGGGACGCCGUCGAGCACGCCCUCACCAGCGCUGCCGAUCCGGCCAACGACGUCAACGCCGCCCUCUACCUCGCCCACCUCAGCGCCACCGUCGGCGUGCUGCCCAUUCAGGCCGCCGCUGGCGGCAUCAAUGGCUCCGUCGAGGGCAUCAACGACCAGACGGGCCGUUGGCUCGAUCGCGGCAGCGAAACCGGCACCGGCGGCCGCACCGGCGUCGUCAUCAUCGACUUCCCCGGCCGCGCCCUCGUCGAUGCCGUGCUGGCGCGGAACAAGGGGCUCGCGGCCCGCGGUCUCGAUUUUGACCUCUAG